GAGUGAGAUAAUUGCAAAAUUGUUUGUCAUUGCAAAAAAUAAAAAAAAAUAGCGGCUGGCAUCCAACAAACGCCGCACCCACCCUGUUUCCCUUAAACAAUAAAGUUUGACAGGCACUGAUUGACCACGACAUGAAGAGCACCACGCAGAUCCUGGGCAAGCUGAGGGAGCUGAUGCAGCGGGCCAAGGUGGGCGACUCCGCCAGCAUUGCGGCCUACAUAGUGCCCUCGGACGACGCCCACCAGUCGGAGUACCAGUGCCAGCACGACGAGCGGCGCGCCUUUGUCAGCGGAUUCGAUGGGUCAGCGGGAACGGCGGUGAUAACCACCGAGACGGCCCUGCUGUGGACCGACGGGCGGUACUACCAGCAGGCGGAGAAGCAGCUGGACGAUAACUGGGUGCUCAUGAAGGACGGACUGACCACCACGCCCUCCAUUGGCGCCUGGCUGGCCAAGAACCUGGCCAAGGGCAGCUCCGUGGGCGUGGAUCCCCGCCUGUUGUCCUUCCGCGGCUGGAAGCCCAUCGAGACCGAGCUGAACUCGGCCGAGUGCCAGAUGGUGCCCAUCGAGAGCAACCUCAUCGACGAGGUGUGGAGCGGGGCAGGUCAACCGGCCCGAACCUCCAACUCCAUUAUCAGCCUGAAGCUGGAGCAUGCGGGCGUGCCGGUGGAGAGGAAAUGGGAGACUGUGCGCCAGCAAAUGAAGGAUAAGAACGCGGACGCCCUGGUGGUCAGUGCCCUCGACGAGAUCGCCUGGUUCUUGAACCUGCGCGGGUCGGACAUUGAUUUCAACCCCGUCUUCUUUGCGUACUUGAUUGUGACCAACGACGAGCUGCUGCUCUUCGUGGACUCUGCCAAGCUGCCCGGUGACUUUGCCAGUCACCAGCAGGAGAACAAUGUAAAGAUAACUGUUUUGCCCUACGAGUCCAUCGGCCUGGAGAUCAGCAAGAUCGUGUCGGGCAAGGAGUCGAAGAUCUGGAUCGCCCCCACCAGCAGCUACUACCUGACUGCCCUGAUUCCCAAGUCGCGUCGUCUGCAGGAGGUGACGCCCGUCUGCGUGCUGAAGGCCAUCAAGAACGAGGUGGAGAUCGAGGGAUUUAUCAACAGUCACGUCCGCGACGGAGUGGCCCUGUGCCAGUACUUUGCCUGGCUGGAGAACCAGCUGGAGAUUGGCGCGGAAGUGGACGAGAUUUCCGGUUCCGAUAAGCUGGAAGCCUUCCGCCGCUCCAAGGACAAGUACAUGGGCCUGAGCUUUACGACCAUCAGUGCCUCGGGACCCAAUGGCUCCAUAAUCCACUACCAUCCCAGGGAUGAGACCAAACGGAAGAUAACCAAGAACGAGAUCUAUCUGUGCGACUCGGGUGCCCAGUACUUGGACGGUACCACGGAUGUGACGAGGACCCUGCACUUCGGAGAACCCACAGAGUUCCAAAAGGAAGCAUACACCCGCGUCCUGAAGGGACAACUGAGCUUUGGGUCCACCAUUUUCCCGGCUAAAGUGAAGGGACAGGUUCUGGACACGCUGGCGCGUAAGGCGCUGUGGGACGUGGGACUGGACUAUGGGCAUGGCACUGGCCAUGGCGUCGGUCACUUCCUGAACGUUCACGAGGGCCCCAUGGGCGUGGGCAUUCGCCUGAUGCCCGACGACCCUGGUCUCCAGGCCAACAUGUUUAUUUCCAACGAGCCGGGCUUCUACCAGGACGGCGAGUUUGGCAUCCGCGUCGAGGACAUUGUCCAGAUAGUGCCCGCCACCCAAUCGCCGCACAACUUCUCCAACCGCGGAGCCCUGACCUUUAAGACCAUCACCAUGUGCCCCAAGCAAACGAAAAUGAUCAAGAAGGAGCUCCUGUCCGAGGCGGAGGUGAGGCUGCUCAAUAGCUAUCAUCAGCAGGUUUGGGACACCCUUGCCCCGAUCCUGACACGCGAAGGAGACGAUUUUACCUUGACCUGGCUCAAGAAGGAAGUUCAGGCUAUAUAAGGCCACGCCUUUUCUGCAUUAUUAUAUCAAUUGUUUACUUGAGACGCGACUUUAGGAUGCCUUUUAUGCCCUUUGGAAAAGGCCCAUCAAUUGUUAAUCAUUUAAACGCAUUUACAACAAAUAAAUUAAUAAUUAAAACAAAAA